ACAGGACACUCGGCAUGGCAACACAUCAAGCUGCAAACAUGGCCCUUCCCGUGCCGGUUGAGGAGCAGUUCAUGUGCUGCAUCUGUCUGGACAUCUUCAGCGACCCGACCUCCACCCCCUGUGGUCACAACUUUUGCCUGGGCUGCAUCGAGGACUACUGGGAUACGAAGAGGGAGUGUGAGUGUCCGCUGUGCAAACAAACUUUCAGCAUUCGCCCAAAACUCAGCAUUAACUACGGAUUUGCUGAAAUCAUUGACUUCUAUAUAAGGUCUCAAUGGGAGAAUAAUCCGGAAAGCAGGAAUAAUUCCGUCGUCCAACUUUCGGAGGCUGACGGAGUUCCCUGUGACAUCUGCUGCGGAGACAAAUCCCCAUCGGUCCAGUCGUGUCUGACGUGCAUGGCAUCUUAUUGUAAACUUCACCUCACGCCACACGAGAGGGAUCCACUGCUGCAGAGACACCAGCUGAUGGAUCCGACCAGUUUCACCGUCAGUCACCACUGCAGAAAACACAAGAAGCCGCUGACGAUGUUCUGCGUGAACGACAAGAAGCCUGUUUGUGUGAAAUGCACAGAGAGGGAACACAAAAACCACAACACAAUUCCCAUCGUGAAGGAGAAGAAGAGGGUCAAGACCUCUUUGAGGGACACGAAGACAAGCCUGAAACAGAUGAUCCAAGCCAGACGCAAAUCAAUUGAGCAGAUCACAACUUCUGUGGAUCAAAGCAAAGAAAUCACAGAAAGGGAGAUAGAGGGCAGUGAUCGGGUCUGCGGCUUGCUGAUAACCAGCAUCAAGAGGAACCAGGCCAGUCUGGUGGAUGAUCUGGAGGAGAAUCAGCAAGAAGCUGAGAUGAGAGCCCAAGAGCUGUCCGAGGAGCUGCUGCAGGAAAUCCAUGAGCUGCAGGCGAGAGGCAUCGAGCUGAAGCAGCUGGAGCAAGAUCAGAGCCCGAUUCACCUCCUGCAGAGAUUUCCGUCUCGCAGUCGACUCCCAUCCACUAGAGACUGGUCUGAGGUCGCAGUCCACGCUGAUAACUGCAUUGGGGUGGUGACGAGAGCUUUUUCCAAGCUUGUCGACAUCUGCCAGGAUCUCUCAGACAAACUGUCUGCAGAUGAAGCAGACAAGCUGAAUCAAUAUGCAGCCAAUGUCACUCUGGACCCUGAGACUGCUUCAGGCUGGCUCCUCCUGUCUCCAGACAGAAAGCAGGUGACCGUCAGCAGGCAGAGUAAUACUGCCCCACUCCCAGACAAUCCUCAGCGGUUUGACUCCUGCGUCUGCAUUCUGGGGAAACAAAGUUUCGCAUCUGGAAGACGCUAUUGGUUGAUUCAGGUUGGAAACAAACCCGACUGGGAUCUUGGCGUGACCAGGGAGUCCAUCAGCAGGAAGGGGACCAUCACGGUGCGUCCUGAUAACGGUUAUUGGGCGAUCUGUCGGCGCCAAGGGGGCAGUCUCAGCGCCUGUGCCAGCCCCUCCAUCAACCUCCGCCUCCAGGAAACCCCCCAGAAAGUGGGCGUGUUCCUGGACUACGAGGAAGGAUCGGUGUCCUUCUACGACGCCGAGGCCAAGACCCACAUUUACACUUUCACUGGGUGUGACUUCAACGAGCCCCUCAACCCGUACUUCAACCCCUGUGUUCUUGAUGAUGGGAAGAACACCGCCCCGCUGGUCAUCUGUCCUCUUGAGGAAGGAGUCAGGGAAGGACAGGACGUAACCAUUGAGUCAGCUAUGUUAUAGGAUGCUACUAACUAAGUCUUCAUAAUUAAGUUUAAAUAAUAUAUUGUUCUGUACUAGUAUCUAACCAACACUGGCAUUAAUGAAGUUUAGUGUUAUGAGAUGCCUUUGUUUUUAAUGAAACAUGCUGCAUAUGCUUUCACUGCCAAAAAUAUAGAUGCAAUGUUUACACUCUUUCUGACCGCAUGAAUUAUAUUCUUUUCUCAGUUUCACACUGUUCUAUCAAUCAAAUGAUACCAGACUCAUGUGUUUAUAAAUGUAAAUUCAUCUAUAUAAUAAUUCAGAAGGUUAUAUAUCACGCCGGAUAAUCUCUAUUUCUUUUAUUUUUAUACAUGCACACUUGGACAUAUUAUGUAUACAACUGCUAUAUUUUGUUGUAUUUAUACAAUUAUAUAACCAGAAUAAAGACAUUUGUUCA